AUGCAAUCAGUUUUCUAUGCAGGUAAUCUCACUUUACAGGGAAAUGUCCGAGAAAUAAAUGCCCACAUUCGGCCAAGAGCAUCUAUAUGGAAUCCACUCUGUCAUCCAAAUGUCGAGGAAGUGAGCUCAACAGUCGACCAAUAUUUCCUUGACAACUGGCCUUUUCCCGACAAGAAGGCAGAGAAGACUUUUCUGAAAGCAGGUUUCUCAAGGGUUACAUGCCUGUACUUUCCACUUGCGAAAGAUGACAGGAUUUCUUUCGCAUGCCGGCUGCUUACAGUCUUGUUUUUAAUAGACGAUCUUUUAGAGGAUAUGUCACUUGAAGAUGGCCAGGCUUAUAACGAAAAGCUGAUCCCGAUUUCACGUGGAGAUAUGCUUCCAGAUCGCUCUGUGCCAGUUGAGUGCAUUGUCUUCGACAUCUGGGCUGGCAUGCGAGGCCUUGAUAAAGAACUUGCGGAUCGAGUUCUCGAGCCAACAUUCGUCUUCAUGAAAGCACAGACCGAUCGCGAACGACUGUCUAUCAAGGAACUUGGCCAAUACUUCGGAUAUCGUGAGAAGGAUGUGGGCAAAGCUCUAUUAUCUGCCUUGAUGAUGUUUACCAUGGAUAUUCGGCUGUCGCCAGAGGAGCUUAGUUCCAUGCAACCACUAGAAGAGAAUUGUGCUAAACAGAUUUCUGUUGUCAACGAUAUCUACAGUUGGGAGAAGGAACUCCUUGCUUCUCAGUCCGGACAUAAGGAAGGAUCGGCUUUGUGUUCCGCAGUUAAGGUCCUGUCAGACGAGACAUACCUUGGUAUACCUGCCACCAAACGCGUAUUGUGGUCCACUGUUCGCGAAUGGGAGCUUACCCAUGAAGAGUUGGCUGCUAAAAUACGAAGAGCUCCAGAAGGAUGCAGCAGCACAGCUCAGGCUUACAUGAAAGGAUUGGAGUAUCAGGUGAGCGGUAAUGAGCUUUGGAGUUUCCCCGCGGGUGAUAAUAGGGCCCCGCAAAGUGCCAAGGUUUUCAUAAUUACAUAA